CAGACCAUUUACCAGGCCUAGGUCAGACAGACUUGAAACAUGAACCGCGUCGCUUGUCUUCGUCUUCGAGCGAGCGCCGCCACCCCUCCCUUCCCAUCCCGCUGCCGAGCAGCGCCCCAGCCCCCUCGCUCCGUCUCUCGUCUUCCUCCUCGUGCGAGCGCCUCCACCACCGAAGGUAUCUAUCUCUCCUCGUUUCUCUCGCUCCCGUCACCCCACGAACAGAUCCAGCCCUUUAGCUCCCCGUUCCAUCUCCUUAAUAUUCGCCAAUUCGUAACUGAGGCAAAAAUCAAGGUAGGGCGGUCGCCCUACCUUGCCCUACCGGGUCCUCCGCCCUUGUCACAAGGCUGUUUCAUGUCAACCACAGUUGAUCUGCAGCUAGACUAUGAAAGAGAUCCCCCAAUCGAUGAUGCAAAAUCUCUGGAGAAAGAGUCGACGCUAAAUGUUGCCGUCUCUCAACUUGCAAGUGAUUUCGAUAGAGAGUCUAAUUUAUGUUUGGAGCGGUUCUCUCGGACAAGGCGUGCAUCUGUCAUUCCUACCGGUUCUCUUAAGCUUGACCUCGCUCUCGGCAUUGGAGGAUUACCAAAGGGUAGAAUGGUUGAAAUAUUUGGGAAAGAGUCAUCUGGGAAGACAACACUUGCACUUCAUGUCAUCAAGGAAGCCCAAAAGAGUGGAGGUUGUUGCGCUUAUAUUGAUGCAGAAAAUGCUUUCGACCCUUCAUUUGCAGAAGCCAUUGGCGUGGACACUGAAAAACUCCUAAUAGCUCAACCUGAUUCCGCUGAGAACUCUUUAAGCAUAGUGAACACUCUUGUUGGUGGAUCUAUUGAUGUUGUUGUUGUGGAUAGUGUAGCAGCACUUAUUCCCAAAUGUGAGCUUGAAGGCGAAAUACACACGAACUAUGGAGAAACGCAAUCCCGUUUAAUGACUCGAGCACUUCGAAAAAUUCAAUACACAUUAAGUCGGUCGGAAACACUUAUUAUCUUUGUGAAUCAGGUCAGAACAAGGCGGAGCUCAAAAGAAAUUUCUGGGCUCUACAAGGAGGUGGCCUGUGGUGGCAAUGCAUUAGGGUUCUAUGCAGCAAUCAGAGUGAGGACUUCGAGAAAGGAACUGCGCUACACUGAUGACCAGGCUACUGGCAUUGGCAUAUCAGUGCAAAUCAUCAAGAACAAAUUAGCUCCAGCAGUUCUGAAGGAAGCUGGCAUCGACAUUACGUUUGGGAAGGGAAUCGCCUACGAAUCUGAGAUUCUGGAAAUGGCUUCUUCUCAUGGAGUUAUUGUGAAGGAAGGGUGUGGGUAUUGGAUCAAUGGUGAGUUCUUGACAGACAAGGCAGCAGCUGAGAAAUUCCUACUUGAAAAUGUUACUGUGGCAGAUGACAUCUGCGGUACCAUGAGAAGCCAAUUAUUUGAAAGAUGACAAAGGAACGCCAUAGGAAAUUGGUUCUCUAAAAAAAAAUCUCCUCACCAAAUCGACAGAAAGUAAAUAUUGAAAUUUGGAGAAAAACUGUGUGUACAGUUAGGGCACCAUUUAAGUAGCUAAUUUGUCAUUUAUGUGGUCUAGUGCCGAUAAGGGGUUGGGUUGAUUGCCAUCAUCAGGCAGAGAUAUAUAAUGUGAUGCCAGAAGGUGUGGAUUUCUGCCCUCUGGAUGUAUGCUCUAGCUUCAGUAGUUGUUGUAUCAAAUGUACUUCUGUAUUUCUUGUGUAAGUUCUAGGGACUUCUCUGUAAACAAUUUUUUUGUGAAAGUAACUUAUACAUCGUUAAUGGAUCCCUCAAGCAUUGGAACUUUUGA